AUGAGCAUUCAAGUAGAUGGGCAAUCUCUCAUCAUAAAUGAUUGUGUCUCUAUAGCUGCAGCCAUGCGUCGGGGGUCUCGCUGGUCUGAACAGAGAAAUAUUGGGGUCGCAGCUAUUCUAGGUGGCCAGUUUGGAUCAGACGGGCUGUUUGCUGAUAGUGAUUCGAUAUUAGGUUCUCGAGCCUCCAAGCAAGGCAAAAUCCAUUCUCAUAACUCUUCUUCAGCUUCAAAGUUCAAAUCGGAUGACCCAUUACUGAGUGGUUUGAUACAAUUGAGAUCAAUGUUGAUAAACACGAAUAGUAUCAGUGAAGUCGACAGCCUCACGUUACUGCAACCUUUUCUUAUGGUUGUCAAGUCACCUGAAACAAGUGGAUAUGUUACAUCGUUAGCCUUGACUACGCUACACAAGGUGUUGCGAUAUUCAUUGCUGACGGAGUCUUCACUCAAUGCUGUUAGUGCAUUGCAUCAAACCGUUGAUGCGCUAACACAUUGUCGAUUCCAGAGCGACAACACAUCUGACGAUGCAGUCUUGUUGAGGGUACUUGGUUUACUACAAGCCAUUGUAGAGUCGUCAGUUGGUUAUUUGUUGUCUGACGAUGUUCUUUACGAUAUUAUCCAGACUUGUCUGUCAUUGGCAUGCAAUAAGAAAAGGAGUGAGGUUCUACGAAAGGGUGCAGAAAUGACAAUUUCUGCUAUUACAGUGAAAUUAUUUACUAAACUGAUUUUCAUUAACCCAGCAAGUCACGAUGGUAACCAUCUAGAUACACGCGACCACCAGUUGGGUGAUGUAUCUCAUAGUAUUCAACCAGACAUGAUAGGUGGGACCAUUGAACCUGGAAAUCCUGUUGAUACAGAGCCAAGUGAACAACAUGAGAACUCGAAAAGUGAAAUAGAUGAGCAAAAUGGAGCGAAGAAUCUGGAACAGCAGGAUAUAAGUAACGAGACAAAAGGAAAAGAGCAAGGCCCCCAAAUAUCCUUGAACUCUUCAGUAACUGAUGAUUCUGUUCCUUACGGAAUUGUUUGUAUCCGAGAACAUUUCAAAAUACUUAUUGCUAUAAUCAAUCCAAAAAAACAAUUUGAAACCACUGAAAGUACCAAAGUCUUAGCAUUCCAAUUGAUCACCACUGCUAUUGAAGUUUCUGGAAACGAAUUUCCCAAACAUCCGUCUUUGAUGAAUCUCGUUUCCGAUGAAAUAUGUCACCAUUUACUUCAUACGAUUCAGAACGUGGAAUCGCCAGCGAUUGUCACCCAUGCCCUGUCUCUCUUCUGUACGUUAACUGUGACUCUAGGCUCCCGUUUGAAGAUUCAAAUUGAACUCAUUUUACGGGCUAUUUGCAAUUCCAUUGUCGAGAUAUCUUCUUUAGAGUCAGUUAUGGCUGAGACUCAGAAGCGCGUGUUGGAUACACCAGAUCUUGAAAAGAAAACUUCCAGUAAAUUGGAUGAGACAACUGCUGCUAGUGAGAUUGACCCUGUGGCUUCUUCGCGUCAUGACACUCCAGUACCUGGUAGAUCCCCAGUGUUUAAAGAAUUUUUGAUAGAGUCCUUAUCUGUAUUCUGGACUCGAUCACCUUUGUUUUUUACAACGCUCUAUCAGCUGUACGAUUGUGAUUUUGAUCGAACUGACCUUUCUGUUGACAUUAUCAACUUUCUGUGUCGAGUUUCUCUUCCUGAUUCAGCAACUUUCACAACUGAUAAUGUUCCGCCACUGUGUCUUGAAGGUUUGCUCAGUUUGAUCAACGGAUUUCAUGCUCGGGUCAAGAAUAUGGCAGCCAAGAAGAUCUCGUUAAAUAUGCUGCCAGAUAAUUCCAUUCUGGAAAGAAAGUCUCGGAAGACUGACUUUAUCUAUUGCACGAAAACUUUUGACAAGUCUUUCAAAGAGGGAUUAAAGACUUUACAAGAAAAAGGGUUCGUAGACAAUUCUGAUGAUUUAGAUGAAUUGGCGAACUUUUUCUUUGUGAAGUCUAGCAGAUUGAACAAGAGAACUUUAGGUGAAUUUCUUGCCAAACCAAAAAACCUUGACUUACUUAAGAAAUUUGUCGGUCUUUUUGACUUCAAGGGGCUGAGAGUGGAUGAAGCCUUGAGGGUACUGUUGAAAAGCUUCAGAAUCCCUGGUGAGUCGCAACAGAUUGAACGAAUCGUUGAAACUUUCGCAGAACGCUACGUUGAAUGCCAAAAUUAUCCGAAGGAUAUUGAUUCACAACUUGCCGAUGGUGAAAAUAAUGAGCAUGUGAUGCCUGAUAAAGACUCAGUUUUUGUAUUGUCUUAUUCCAUCAUCAUGCUAAACACAGAUCUGCAUAAUCCUCAAGUGAAGAAUCAAAUGACUCUGCCGCAAUAUGGAAAUAUUUUAAAGGGAACAUACAAUGGCAAAGACUUCCCAGCUUGGUACAUAGAAAAGAUUUAUUAUGCCAUUAAAGAAAGAGAGUUUGUUAUGCCCGAAGAACAUGAUGGUAGUAACAACAAAUGGUUCGACCAGAUGUGGGCCAAUUUAAUGGCUGAGCAAGCCAAUUAUGAUCAUUCUAACGUUCAAGAUCCUAAGUUAUUUACCAAUGAUUCUGAAACAAAAGCUGAAGAUAUCAUUCUAUAUGAUAGAGCUUUAUUUUCCACUUGCUGCACCAAUAUUUUGACAUCCUUGGUGACAAUAUUCAAUGAAGCGACAGAUGAUCAAAUCAUUACAAGAAUGAUUGCAGGAAUAGAUAAACUUGCGUCGGUUGCAAGCUAUUUUGGGCUCAAUGACUAUGUUGACAAGAUUUUGUCUGUUUUAGCUUACAUGUCCACCUUGACUGGUUCUCGUAAGACGUCUCUGAAUCAGCACGAAAAAAAGAGUUCGUCAUCAGACUCUUUUAUUCCAACAACUCAAAUAUUAUACACAGAAUCAGGGAAAACAUUAACUGUCAGUGAAAUGUCUGUAUGGUUUGGUAGGGAUUUAAAGGCUCAAUUGUGUACUGUCGUUUUUUUCAGAAUUUUACAAAAAAGUGGUACAGUUGCUUCUGAGAACUGGAAAAAGUUGAUGGAUGUGCUCAUAACGUUGUUCGAACAUGGUCUCAUAGAUCCAGAUCUGUUUAUUGAAAUGCAACAACGAAUCGGUCUUCGUGGCCUCCCACAUUGCAAGCCUCAAUUUCAAAUUACCAAAUCUAAAGCUAAACAAGAGAGCGGCUUCAUAGCAUCUUUCUCAUCUUUCAUGAAGGGGUUUUCGGAUGAUGCUUAUGAACCUACAGAGGAGGAAAUUGAAUCAACAUUGUCUGCUCAAGAUUGUAUCAAAUCGUGCAAUAUUUCUUCAUUGAUCGAAGGCUUUUCUAAGUCAUCAUCAGAAACUAUUGCAGGCUAUGUCAGUUCUAUGUUUGAACAUCUUCCUCAGAAAAGUCCAAACACAUUUAAUUACGUGCCAAAACUUCUCUUUAUUGUGGAAACAGCAGUAGCAUUAACAUUAAUUUCAGAGGAUGACAAGCUUGCCACUGCAACACUUAAGAACUUAUCGGACUUGACAUUAGAUAUUGAAGCGGACGAUCCCAAUGAACUGUUGAAACCUUGGGCAAUGACUCGGUUGAAUAUUUACAAACUCUUGCUCUUGCAUGGAAAGGGCCAUGAGAAUAGUUUUGUCUUAUUAGGAGCCAUAGAUCAACUGAAUCAACUACUAGAGAAACAUAAAGAAAUUGUUCUUCAUUAUGGUGUUCCAAUUUUAAAACCUCUUCAGUUGUUAGUUGUUCAUGAGGGGUAUGCUCAGAAAGUUUUACUUUCAAAAGAGGAAUACUGGAAUAUAUUGAGAACUUUGGCCUCCUCCCCUAAGCUCAGCAAGUACGUCUGUGAAACAGUGGAAAAGAUUGUUGAACUUGAACCAACUUUGAUAACGGCAGGGAAUUUCAUGAACUUACUAGGAUUGUUAGAUGAGAUCUCCGCUGUGGGAGCUGUAGGAAGUCAAUGGGAGCAAGAAUAUGAUCGCCUGGUAGAAAGUGGUCAUAAUAUUGAGAAAAAUAAUACUUUCAAAGACAUCAUUGAUGUUUCCAUCAAAUCAAUCGAUAUUGCAUCAUCACUUUCACCUCGAAUAGUUACUCCAGCACUGGCUUCUGAAUUUCUGAACCAAGAAACAAACGCACCAGAUGCUCAUCCUAUUUACUCUUUGAUUCAAGCGUUGGCACAUCAAUGUUUCAACCCUUGUCGUCAAAUCAGAUCACAUGCUAUUCAAGUGCUUCAAUCGUUUAUCCUAAACAUUGACUUGGAAUAUCAUGCGAUUGAUGUGGAAGGAGUAUUUCAAUUUGGUCUUUUGCCCCUUCUUGCAGAGUUGAUAAAGUCCGAUGUUGUACGUACUGAUGAAAAGGGGAUGAUAAAGACACAGAUUCAGGCAAUUUCUGCAACUUGCAAAACUAUUCUCAAAUUCCAAAAUGAUUUCACUGAUUUGAAUAAAGUUUUAUCAGAUAUACUUCUGUUGGAGACCAAAUUAAUCUCCACAAAUCAAAACAGGCAAAAUUUCCAAGACGAAACUAUAGAGAUUUUGAGAAACGUUCUCUUGGUAAUGAAACCGUCUCUUGAUUUGGAGCAGUUAUACAUGUUACGACUUGAUGAGACUUUAAAAUCCUUGAUCAAAGAUGUAAGUUUCGUUAAAUAG